AUGGCGGAUCAGGAAGAGGAGGAUUUUCAAAUGGCUAUACGGAUGAGUAUGCAACCGUCGCCGCCGGAGCCUAAGCGUAGCAAGCCGAGGGAUGCCGCUAUUUCUGGGGUUGUUUCAGGGUCGCCGGAGGAGUCUCCUGAAGCCAAGAGCCGGCGGUUACAGCGGGAACUUAUGGCUGCUGCUGCUGAGAAGCGGAUGAUGGCGGCGAAGAGUGUUUCAUCCCCAAUAGUUAAAGGUGGGAAGAGUGGGGAAGGUGGCAGGAAAGAGGAGUCUUAUUUGGUAAGUGGAAACUUGAGUAAGGAGCUAUCUCAAGAAGAAUCCAUUCAGUUGUUUUUUAUGGUGUUUGGCAAUGAGGUUUCAAAGUCUGUUCUUGCACAAUGGAGCAAUCAGGGAAUAAGGUUUAGCUCUGACCCAGAAACAUCUAUGGGCCUUGUGCAGCAUGAAGGCGGUCCCUGUGGCGUUUUGGCAGCUAUACAGGCAUUUGUGCUCAAAUACAUUCUUUUUUAUGGUGAACUAAAAGAUGUAACAACCACGCCGCACAAUCAGGGUCUCAAUGCUUUACCUAAAAGUCAAUCUUUUCCAUCAAUUAAUUUUUCUUCACUCAGUGAAGAAGUAAAAGCAAGGGCUCUAAUAAGAAGCAUGGGUGAAAUUUUGUUUUUAUGUGGAAGUAGUAGAAAGGCUGUGAUUGCAACUCUGAGCGUUCUGGGGAAUGACAAUAAGCAUUCCAAAGGAGUUUCAGAUGAUGAGGCUAUCGCAAAAGAACUUGAAGGACUUUCCAUUGAAUCGGGCUUGGAUCUGCAAAAGGUUCUUAGAGUUGAAACAUACACAUCACAAACAAGUGCAUUGCGGAGGCUUGAAGCAAUGAUUCCUGUAUACCAAAGUCGUAUGGGGGCAUUGCUUUUCCUGAUUUCUGCUUUACUUUCUCGGGGAUUGGACUUGGUUCAAGCCGACAGGGAUGAUCCCAGCCUACCUCUAGUUACUGCGCCUUUUGGGCAUGCUUCCCAGGAAAUUGUGAACUUACUCCUGUGUGGUCAGGCUGUCCCUAAUGUGUUUGAUGGGAGGAUGGAUUUAGGGGGAGGAAUGUUUCUUAAAGGCAUAUCUCGACAUGUGGAAGUUGGAUUUCUCACCCUGUUAGAAUCCCUGAAUUUCUGCAAGGUUGGUCAGUAUCUGAAAUGCCCAAAGUGGCCCAUCUGGGUCGUUGGCAGUGAAUCCCAUUACACAGUCCUGUUUGCUCUUGAUACCAGUGUUCAAAAUGAGAAUGAACUGGAGGAAAGGGAAUCACAGAUCCGGAAAGCUUUCGAUGCGCAAGAUCAAAGUGGAGGUGGAGGCUUUAUAAGUGUGGAAGGGUUCCAUCAAGUCCUUAGAGAAACGAAUGUCAAACUUCCCCAAGAGAAGCUCGAGCACCUUUGCAGUGCAGGCUUCAUUGUGUGGAGUGAGUUCUGGCAAGUUAUUUUGGAGCUAGACAAGAGCUUGGGAGGUUUGAAGGAUUCGUCAGGAUGUAUGGGUAGGAAGGUCUUUGACCUUUACCAUUUUAACGGGAUUGCUAAAUCUGAUCUGAAUGGCAGUCAAGUAAACACUGGGGGUGAUAUUCCUCUACAACGACCUCGGCUCACAAAAUUACGAGUUUCAGUCCCGCCAAGGUGGACACCAGAGGAAUUUAUGGCAGAUGUGGCAGCUUCCUCUGCCUCUAGUGCAAAUGAAUCUGGUGGGAAGGACAGUGAAGUAUCCAAACCUGAGCCUUCUCAACAUGCACCGUUGGUGGAUUGCAUAAGGACUCGCUGGCCUCGUGCUAUCUGCAGUUGGUUAGGGGAUCCUCCUAGCAUAGUGUGAUAUAUGAAUGCAGGGAUGGUUGGUUGUGCGCUCUUGUGGCUCACAGAUAAAACGUAAUUUUUCAGCAACGGCAGGAUGAAAGCAAGAUGAUGAUAGCUUCAUGUUUAACUUGUGUUGAAACUGGAGGCACAUGAAGGAGGUCCCGCAGUCAAGUAACAAUUUUCUUUGAUAUGUUCAUAUUAUAAUAUGGUUUAGUGUAUCUUUAGCAUUAUCUUCGAUUUUUGUCUUGUCAUUGAAUAGGAUAAAGGGAAGAGAGCUGUGUGAAGUUUACAUCUAUGGUCAACCCAACUUGUAAAAUCCAUUUUAAUGUACUGUUGUGGAUGAGGAAAAAUUUAUAUCUGGGAGGGUUCUUAAUAAAUGUGGAAAUCUGUUCUUGCUUUUCAAGUUGUAAUAUUAAGUUAUUGUGCCUGACUGCUGAAUAGGAAAAUUUUCAUGAUUUUACCCCACGGUUAUUACACCCU